AUGCAUGUUAUGAAUUGUGUCUCCUUGGUCGGCGAUAAGGAAAAUGGGAAUAUCGCCACAGCAGCUGGAUUCAUGAUCGGGCAGACUCAUCCCCCGGCGUCUCCUCCAGCUUCUCUUCCACCCCCUCCAUCUCUGCCAUGUCCGAAUUCAGGGGAAGGGUGUUCUUCCUCUCCUCCUCCACCCCUGCCCCCCCCUCCACCACCUGGGGGGCCUCCUGUCCCACCUCCCCCACCAGGACUACCCCCAACUUCUCACAUGAACGGCUACAGCCACCUUGGUAAAAAAAAGCGGAUGAGAAGCUUUUUUUGGAAAACCAUCCCCGAGGAGCAAGUUCGGGGCAAAACCAACAUCUGGACCUUGGCAGCCAGGCAGCAGCAUCACUACCAGAUCGAUACGAAGACCAUCGAGGAACUCUUUGGGCAGCAGGAAGACACCACCAAAGCGUCCCCUUCUAGGAGAGGAGGAACUUUAAAUUCAUCCUUCAGGGAUGCACGCGAAGAGAUUACUAUCUUGGAUGCAAAACGGAGCAUGAACAUUGGGAUAUUUCUUAAGCAAUUUAAGAAGUCUCCUCAAUCCAUUGUAGAAGAUAUUCAUCAAGGAAAAAGUGGGCAUUAUGGAUCAGAGACAUUGCGAGAGUUUCUGAAGCUUUUGCCAGAGUCAGAAGAGGUAAAGAAGUUAAAAACGUUUAGUGGCGACGUGUCCAAGCUGUCCCUGGCAGACUCCUUUCUAUACUGCUUAAUUCAGGUGCCAAACUAUUCACUUCGGAUUGAAGCCAUGGUGCUAAAGAAGGAAUUUUUACCUUCUUGUUCUUCUCUAUAUACAGAUAUAACAAUUUUAAAAACUGCUACAAAAGAGCUAAUGUCGUGUGAGGAGCUACAUUCUAUAUUACACUUGGUGCUUCAGGCUGGGAAUAUCAUGAAUGCCGGAGGGUAUGCUGGCAAUGCGGUAGGAUUUAAACUGUCUUCUUUGCUCAAAUUGGCAGACACAAAAGCAAACAAACCUGGGAUGAAUCUUCUGCACUUUGUUGCACAGGAAGCCCAAAAGAAAGAUGCCAUUCUUCUAAACUUUUCAGAAAAACUACAUCAUGUUCAGGAGACUGCUAGAUUAUCUCUGGAUAACACGGAGGCAGAACUGCACUCGCUGUUUGUCAGGACGAGAUCGCUACAAGAAAACAUCCAGCGGGAUGGUGAACUUUGUCAGCAGAUGGAAGAUUUCCUUCAGUUUGCCAUAGAAAAGCUGACAGAACUAGAGCACUGGAAACAAGAACUGCAGGACGAGGCCCACACCCUUAUAGAUUUUUUCUGUGAAGACAAAGAAACCAUGAAACUGGACGAAUGCUUUCAGAUAUUUAGAGACUUCUGUACCAAAUUCAACAAAGCAGUUAAGGACAACCAUGACAGGGAGUUGCAGGAGCUGAGGCAGCUACAGCGUCUGAAGGAGCUGGAGCAGAAGCGGCGCUCCUGGGCAUCUGGUGAGCUGGGGGCCUUUGGCCGGAGCAGCAGUGAGAACGACGUGGAGCUGCUGACCAAGAGGGGUGCGGAGGACCUGCCACCUUUCCUGCGCCCCAGGCCCAUCAGCCCCUCCUACCGGCCCCCCAACACCCGCCGCUUCCGCCUCUCCCUGGAUACCGCUGCUGACCGCGAGCUGCUGACCUUCCUGGAGAGCGCCACCCGCCGUCCCGAGGAGCCCACCAAGUUCAACAGCUUGCCCCGGAGCAGCCCCCGGCAGCCCCGGCCCACGCUGGCCUGGAUGGAGCCUAGGGAACCACGGGACCACGACUCCAACUUUGCCGGCAAACCUCAGGCCUCGGAGGGCCAGGAGAAAGCUUCCAGCCCACCCUCUGCUUGGCAGCGCCAGCCUCCAGCCUCCCGGCUUGAGGACCCUGCCUCCGCCCUCCUCCGAGUUCAGCGCAAGGGGGUCAGCACCCUUCUAAAGAGGAAUAGCGAACCUGUGGGUUUGGGACCCAGACAGUGUCCCUCGCCAUUGGCUCUGGGGGUGAAGGAGCAUGAGCUGGUGACAGGGCUGGCCCAGUUUAACCUCCAGGGUUCCCAGGCCCUAGAGGACACAGCUCAGCUGACCUCAAGUGACUCCAGCCCAGUGGAGAUGGAGUCUCUGGGGGAUGGGAGUCCACAGCCCCUCAGUGCCAGCAAUGGCAGCCUGGCACCCACAGACAGAGGUGCCCAGGGGAGGAGUCUCAGCCCAGCCCCAGGGGAUGGCAGAGCUGCCCCUGACCAGCCCAGCCAUGCAGCCCCUGUGUCCAUGGAUGGCAGCGACUCUGAGAACAAAGACCUGGGCCCUGUGUUUUACAUCUCAGAUGCCACCGACUGCUCGCUGACCCUGGACUGCUCAGAGGGCACCGACUCCAGACCUGGAGGUGGGGAACCACAGGAAGGGGGGCAGGGGGAGGUCUCCAUGUCCUCUGGAACUGGGGAGAUGGGGGGCAGUCAGGUAUCCUCCAGCCCCGCUGAGGAAAUGCCAGCCCCCGGCUCUGUGAAGAGUGAGCCCAGCUGCAAGAGCGGCCCUCCCAGGGACAGGUCCGUCAAAGGCAAGGAUGUGACAACUCCCAAGAGGAACUCCUUCAAGGAUGCAUCUCUGGUGGCCUCUAAGCCCGGAAGUGCCCGGAGGAGCCUGGGGGCAGCUCCCAAGUCCGUGCGCACGCUGACGGCCUCGGAGAAUGCCAGCAUGCGCAAGGUCGUGCCCAUCUCCAGGUCCAGCCGGGACUCGGGGGGCUGGAGACGGCCAGAGCCCUCCUCGCGGGUGCUCCCACGGGAGCCCCCCAGCAGCACAGACACACCCUGGUCACGCCGGAGCUCCGUGAGGGGGACCUCGGACACGUCGCCCAGGAGGCCAUCUGUGGAGUCUGAGGAGCAGAGGACACCGCGGUGGAGCGGUUCUAGCAGUGCCCGCCCUGGGAGGGAGCCCCCCCUGCAGCACAAGGGCUCCUUUAAGAAACCCAGCGCCAAGCCCCUCAGGAACGUCCCCAGACAGAAGCCCGAAGAAAACAAGAUCUGCUGCCCCAGCUCCCAGGGUCUCGAGAGCCCCAAAGAGGAGCCCAAGACGCCGCCGGCCCCCAGCGUCCCCCGGGCCCCAACCUCCGUCCCUAGCUUUGCCCGGAGCACUGUGGCCUCCUCAUCUCGGUCCAUGAGGCCGGAUCCCCUUCCUGGGGCCAGAACCCCUGGCAUCUCUCGGACAGUCUCACAGCGACAGCUGAGGGUGAAGGGGGGCCCCGAGGACACCUUCCUUAAGGACAGCGGCACCCUGAGGCGAGCCAGCAGUGCCCGGUCACCCAAGAAGGGCCCAGAGUCCACUGAGGGCCCCAGUGCCAACACGGAGUCCCCUCUAAAGGGCAAAGGGGACGGGGAGAGGGCCUCCUUCAGACAGAAGGAUUCCAGUCGAACCUCGCUGGGGAAAAUCCUCACCCCCUUGUGUAAGUGA